CUCUCCGCGGAGGCGGGGACCUUCUACUCUACAUUCUCGGCAAGCAUCAAUAAAAUCAUCAAUAUACACAUAGCUAGUAUAUGAAGCCUUAGCAGCAUCUAGGAAGUCAGAAAUAUCUCAUCAUCUGGAUCGUCAUCACAGAAUAAGGCCAAGUAGCGCCCUCUAUCAGCAACAAAGCAACAAAAUGCCACUUCAGCUUGAGGACAUGAAAUUUGAAGAUGCCGAGGCAUACGCAAACACGUAUGCCACCUCGUUCAACACCGACCCUUACUCGAGAGCCUCCUUUGCAGACCAGACAUAUGAUGAGCGGGUAGCAGGCCUUAUUCGCCGUUGGCCUAAAAACUAUUGCGAAGCUUUCAAUGCCUAUAAAAAGGUCGUCGACACCGACACGGGAGAGUUGGUUGGUUGGGUCAAGAUUGGGUUUCAGAACACCGAUAUUGAUCCCGAUCGAUUUACUCCAGCCGAUGCCCCUGAAGACAUAGUCAGAAAUCGUCUACCGCCCCCAGAAGCGCCAACUGCUGCUCCCACGGGGUCUGGAUUUAGUAGUAGGGCCGCGAGGGCUCAAUUUCGGGAUUUGGGCAAUCGGCCUGCUAUUAUCUUGAAGCUCAUUGGCACACAUCCCAAGGCACAGCGACGUGGUGCCGGAAGCUUGCUGAUGACCUGGGUCACAGAGUUGGCCGACCAAGAGGGCCUCGCCUGCUGGGUGACUGGCUCCCCAAUGGCUGUGCCGUUGUACAAGAAAUUUGGAUUUCAAGUGAUGGAAGAGAUUACCGUAGACCUGCCUGGAGGCAGUGACGGGGAAACUUAUACACACACGUGUAUGCUUCGCGAAUCGAAGAAGCCCGAAGCGGCUGCUUGAGUGCUCCGCGGCGUGCACCAGAGAUGGCUUGUUAUAUGGGCAUCCUAUUGUAUUCCUGUUAAUGGGUUGUAGGCAUGCCCAUAAAUCUGCAUGUCCAUCUGUCAAGGUUUGGUUAGCAAAGACUAGUUAUUCCCCAAUAUGGAUUGCUUCUUCGCUCAUACGCCGACACAAGAGUCCUAAGGUGUGAGAUAUAAUUUAUAGUGUUAUUAUUGCUUGGCC